AUGCACGAUCUCAAGAAGAUCAACAGCGUGCUCUUGGCCGCUGUGCUGACAUUUGCAACGACAGCAUCACCGGCCGUUGCCGCACCCGCAGCUGCGUCGUCUUCGCCUCAAGCAUGGACCUACUGGAAAUCGGAUGCGUCUGCGCUCAACGUUCAGGGUUGCGCAACCGAGGUAGCCAAGUUUCACGACGGCGCUGAUGUAGCGUUCCUCUUUCGAUCACCAUCUGAUGCGGCUUGCGCGCAGGCUGUGAAUGCGCUGCAGACCGGGCCGGCGGAAGUGGUGAUGUUCAAGCAGGAAGCCAUGGAAACAGAUGUUGUCGGAAGCGUCCGAGGUAGCAGUUGGAAGGAGCGUGCCCUUGAAGCUCUUUCCGUGCAGCUGCAAGAAUCUACAGCUGAGGUAGCCUCCGGGCAGAUGGCGUUCCAGCUUUCGAUCGCGCCUCAAUCAGCUCCGCAGAUCCUCAGCGCGCACGACUCCUCGCUCCUCGUCGCAGUCACCGAUCGAUCCCUCUCGACGAUCGACAUGCACGCGACGUUUGACACGCGCCUCGAGCGCCUCUUCUUCCGUCCCAUAGCCACCUUGGGUGACGACGACAUCGAAAAGCCCGAACCGACGUUCAAGAAGCCCAAGUACAAUAGCGUCGUGGCCAAGAUCGCCUCGUCUAGCGCGUUGAACCCAGCACGCAUCGUCAAGGACCUGCGCAUCUUGACAGCAGAGGAUCCGCAACCGCGCGAUCCGGGCAAGUGGUACAGUCGACACAGUGCGACGUACGGCGCUCGCUUGGCGGGAGCGUGGAUCAAGCAGCAGCUUGAACAGUCGCUAGCGCCUCUCAACGGGUCGAGCUGCGACUAUUUCGAGUACUCGCCUUACUUUGCGCCCAACAUCGUAUGUCACAUCCCUGCUGUUGCUGCUGCCGGUAAUGAAGAGGGUGAGGUGGUAGUGUCGGCGCACUACGAUUCGCGCGGGACGUUCGGGUCGACCACGGCGCCCGGUGGGGACGACGAUGGGUCGGGCACCGCCGCGUUGCUCGCCAUCGCGCGCUCCCUCGGCUCGUCGCAGCUCGCCUUUGCGUCGCCAAUCCAGCUCGUCGCGUUCUCGGGUGAGGAGCAGGGCCUGGUGGGUUCGCAGCACUACGCAACCCACCUGCGCACGCUCGAAUCGUCGCACAUCAAGCUCGCGCUGCAGAUGGACAUGCUCGCCUACCGCAAACCGGGCGAAGCGCUGCAGAUCGCGUUUCCGGACAAGUUUGUCACCAACAGCGCCACGCAGCACGUGUGGAGGAUCGCCGACAUCUACGCGCCAGAGCUCGAACAGGGUUAUACGCCAGCGUGCUGUUCAGACCACCAGAGCUUCUGGGAGAACGGCUUCCCCGCGACAUGGGUGUUUGAGCGCAACGGGCCGAUCGCCGACCCCAUGUACCACAACUCGGGCGACGUGACCAACAGGACCGGCUACGACGUCCAGCAGCUCGCAAGCAUCGCCAAAGUCGUCACCGCCACGCUACUCGACGUCGCCGGCUUCGACGCCUAG